CUCUGUUGCGGGUUGUGCGUCACAAGUGCAUAUGCAUUUACAUAUACCACAACAAGGAGAAACGGAUCUCUCUCUACUCUACAUGUAGAAAUACUUGGAAAAUAAUAAGACGAUGACGUCACUCUGGUCACUGUUAUGCCUUACUUUGAUGUUGUUCGAGAGUGUGUCCAGUGGUUAUCAACGAGUGUGUUACUACGCCAGCUGGUCUAAAUAUCGCGGAGGAGAAGGGCGAUUUACGCCUGAAAAUAUAGACCCCUACCUGUGUACCCAUAUCAUCUACGCCUUUGCUUCUGUGGAUGGCAGCAACAUAGGAUUGCAAGAUCUCACAGAAGAAGAAACCUUAGCAAGAGUGGUUGGUUUGAAAGAAGUAAGCCCUUAUCUAAGGGUACUAAUCGGACUUGGAGGAUGGGUACACGGUUCAGCGCCUUUCACCUCUUUAGUCAGCUCCCGCACCAACAUGGACGCAUUUGCCAGGAAUGUGAUCGCCUUUCUCAGAGCCUGGGACCUGGACGGGUUGGACUUAGACUGGGAGUACCCUGCCUCCCGCGGUAGUCUACCUGGUGACAAAUUGAGGUUCACACAAUUGAUACGCAUCCUACGGAGCGCGUUCGAGGCGGAAGCGACUAAGACUGGCCUACCAAGAUUUCUACUGACGGCUGCAGUACCAAUAGGCAAACCAGUAGUCCAAGCCGGUUACGAAAUUGAAAAGAUAUCAAAUGAUCUGGAUUUUAUCAACCUAAUGACAUAUGACCUGCACGGGUCCUGGGACCACACCCUCGGCCACAACAGUCCGCUCUACCCCCGAAAGUCCGAGUCGUGGGCGAUGGCGGAACUGAACCAGGACUGGGGGGUGACGUACUGGUUGUCCAAUGGUGCCCCUCCAGAGAAGUUAAUGCUUGGCAUCGCUACAUAUGGAAGGACUUUCAAGACAAUCAAUGGAACAGAAAUGGGUGAUAAGGCGAUGGGGCCUGGACGUCCGGGAAAGUUUACCUCCGAGGCGGGGUUCCUUGCCUACUUUGAGAUUUGCCAAAAUCUCCAAAAUGGCUGGACGCAGAAGUGGCACCAACAACACCAGGUACCCUACGCGUACUACGACGACGAGUGGGUGGGAUACGACGACAUACGCAGUGUCACCAUUAAGGCAAACUACAUCAAGUCACGUGGUUUAGGGGGCGUCAUGGUUUGGGCUAUUGACAUGGACGACUUCAGAGAGAAAUGUGGGAACGGUCCAAACCCUAUACUAGGUAAACUGCGAGAUGUUCUUCCAAAUGACAACACGGGUCUGGUACCAUAUGUUCCACGGCAUGUUUCUCUCCACUCUACUGACGAGGUCCAAGCUGACAAUCAAGAGUACAAGCGCGUGUGUUACUAUACCAACUGGUCACAACACCGUUCGAAAACUUUGACCUUCGUCCCAGAGGAUAUUGACCCCGACCUUUGCACACACAUCAUCUUCUCGUUUGCUAAACUCGAGAACAAUGAUAUCCACACAUUCGAACCGAACGAUCAUGAUCUGUAUCGCCGUGUGCAGGCCCUGAAGGCUGUCCAGCCUCACUUAGUUGUCCUGUUAGCUAUCGGAGGUUGGUCCCAUGGAACAAAUGCCUUUUCAGACACGGUGGCGACCCCGCAUAAUAUCCUUACCUUCUCCAGCAAUGCCGUAAAGUACCUCCGGAAGUACAAGUUUGACGGUCUAGACCUUGACUGGGAAUUCCCUGGAAGUCGUGGGAGUCCACCAAUAGACAAAUUUCGAUUUACUUCCCUUGUUAAGGGUUUACGACAGGAGUUUGAUCGAACUGCCGGCACCACUGGUUUGCCACGCCUUCUUCUCACAGCCGCAGUUUCUGGGGGACGUUCCGUCAUCGACAGUGGAUACGAAAUACGGAAACUAGCCAGUUAUCUUGACUUUAUCAACAUAAUGGCGUACGAUCUACACGGGAGUUGGGAAUCGACAACAGGUCACAACAGUCCACUAUAUAGCCAUGACCAAAACAGUCAGGACUUCGCGGUGAGAUACUGGAUGAAUCAGGGAGCUCCCAGGGGUAAACUGGUGUUAGGUCUUGGCCUGUACGGGCGUUCCUUUACCCUCCGUUCCAGUGAUGACCACGCCCUAGGGGCGGAGGCAGUUGGCCCGGGGUUGGCGCAGCCUCAUACCAAAACAGACGGUUUCAUGGCCUAUUUCGAGAUUUGUUCGCUGGUGGUUCGUGGUUGGUUCCGACAGUGGAGUAACGAUAGCAGUGUUCCGUACGCCUACUCAGAUACACAGUGGGUCGGCUACGAUGACGUGGACAGUAUUGCAAUUAAGGCCCAGUACGUUCGAUCUAAAGGUCUGGGUGGGGCUAUGGUCUGGUCGGUAGAUAUGGACGACUACAGGAACGUAUGUGGAGACGGCAGAUAUCCUUUAAUGAAUAAACUAAAGGAAGUCCUCACGGCACCUCUCGCAUCACUUCCAGCGGCACCUGCAGCAAACCAAGUCUCAACAAUAGCCACAGCCAGGGGUCCCUCUCCGACAGCCCUGCUUGCAUUACCCUCAGACAAAACUACAACAUUACCAUCACCAAAGCCUCUCAAUCAAAUGGAACAGAAAUCACUAGAUAUGGCAACCUGUGGUCCACCGUCCGUGUGUCCUUAUGGUUGGUUUAUACCGGACGCCUGCAAUGUCUCUGUGUACUACCAGUGCAGCUUCAGAUUGGCCAUCACCCGUCUAUGUCCACCGAGACUCGAGUGGAAUAUUAGAAGACUUACAUGCGAUUGGCCAAGUGUAGACACCCGAAUCAUGCUUAACGUCAAAACUACUGUCAGUCAGAGCAACUCCACUUUAACGAAUAACAAAAUCGUGUCUACUUUUCGGACAACCGUUUCUUUACCGAAGCUUCUCACAGGUACGACCAAGCACAGUCCGAAAUUAGAGAAAAAUGACGAAAUAUUGCCUACUUUUCGGACAACCGUUUAUAUACCAGAACCUCACACAGAUACAACCACGCCCAGUCCACAUGUGAAGAAGAACGACAACAUCCUGCCUACAUUUCGAACAUCAGUUUUCAUAGCGGAAGCCAUUUCCACAACAACCACACUUCGAGUACCAUCAUCCACGGAUAGAACUCAAAGGCCAAGGCCCGUAAUCAAAUACGAAGACUGUCAACCGAUGUCUUGUCCUGCCGGCCAGCUUGUCGCAGACCCCUGUGACCAGAGUUGCUAUUUCUCCUGCGCACAGGCCGACCUGUCCUACCAUGCCUGCUGUCCAGCACCAACUGUAUGGGACGAUCGAAUUAACAACUGUAACUGGCAUUGGGUCCGCUAGUCUAUGGGCGGGGCCUUUUCUAAAAGUGCCAGAUUGCAGAAGUUACAGUUAUAAAU